AAUUAGCCGGGGUAACACCGGAAGUUAGACGACUUUUAUAUAAAAUAAAAGCCUGUUGGAUGAAAUACAGCUGACCGUUUCUAGUCGGUUGUGCAGUACUUAAGGACAUUUCUAAAAUAGCAUGAAACAGUCGAUGUCAUGAAAUAUACAUUUACACGUUAUCAUGCCAUGCAGCAUUUCUUAAGGAGAAGUCUUUAUUUUGUAAGUUAAAAACGGAUGUUGUAGUUUUUGAUCGUCUAACUUGAUGUGAUUGGAUGCUGCAUCUUGUCGCCUGAGUAUUACUGACCCGUAGACACUACUGGAGCUGGGGAUAAAGAGUAAUAACAACCAUAUUAUACGGGUAAAUUGGUCUUGAACCAUAUUUAGGAAACAUUUGCAUUAAAUAAUCCUUUUUUUUAAUAGACAAUAUUUUUACCUUUCGGAAAUCAUACUGCUUCAAUGGAAAUAUCGUCCGGACGAUUUUUCACUCAGUAUAACUAGCUUGUAAAAGAUAAUUUUCAUAAUAAUUUUUUUUUUUUUUUUAAUCCUUUUCCAUCUAAAACGCAUGGUGCCGUAAUAUAUCCUGACUUGCUUUAACUGUAGAGACAGUGGAGAGACGACACACGGACAGACCCACCGCUCUGUGAUGGAUAAUGCUCAUACUAAGACGGUGGAGGAGGUUUUGGGCUUCUUCUGUGUGAAUGAAUCUACAGGAUUGAGCUGUGAGCAGCUGAAGAAGAAUAGGGAGAGAUGGGGACCCAAUGAAUUACCAGCUGAAGAAGGGAAAUCCCUUUGGGAGCUAGUCCUGGAGCAGUUUGAGGAUCUGUUGGUGCGAAUCCUGCUGCUGGCUGCCUGCAUCUCCUUUACCCUGGCUUGGUUUGAAGAAGGGGAGGGAACGAUCACUGCAUUUGUUGAACCCUUUGUUAUCCUCCUCAUCCUCAUCGCCAACGCUAUUGUUGGAGUAUGGCAGGAGCGUAAUGCAGAGAACGCCAUCGAGGCUCUGAAGGAGUACGAGCCAGAGAUGGGCAAGGUGUACCGCCAGGACAAGAAGAGUGUCCAGAGAGUCAGAGCCCGAGACAUUGUUCCUGGAGACAUCGUGGAAGUUGCUGUCGGUGAUAAGGUCCCAGCUGACAUCAGGCUGACCUCCAUCCGUUCCACCACUCUGAGAGUGGACCAGUCCAUCCUGACAGGGGAGUCUGUGUCAGUGCUCAAACAUACAGACCCUGUACCAGAUCCCAGAGCUGUGAACCAGGACAAGAAGAACAUGCUCUUCUCUGGCACCAACAUUGCGGCAGGGCGAGCCAUCGGGGUUGCCGUGGCGACAGGGGUGCAGACAGAGAUCGGGAAAAUCAGAGAUGAGAUGGCCUCCACCGACCCUGAAAGGACUCCGCUGCAACAGAAACUCGACCAGUUCGGAGAGCAGCUGUCUAAGGUCAUCAGUGUGAUCUGUGUAGCGGUGUGGGCCAUCAAUGUGGGACACUUUAAUGACCCGGUGCAUGGAGGCAGCUGGCUGAGAGGAGCUGUUUACUAUUUCAAGAUCGCUGUCGCCCUGGCUGUGGCCGCCAUACCAGAAGGCCUCCCAGCAGUCAUCACCACCUGCCUGGCCCUGGGCACCAGGAGGAUGGCCAGGAAGAACGCCAUCGUCCGCAGCCUGCCGUCAGUGGAGACACUGGGUUGUACCUCUGUCAUCUGCUCUGACAAAACAGGAACACUGACCACCAACCAGAUGUCAGUCUGCAGGAUUUUUGUUGUGGACAGUGUGUCAGGGGAGCGCUGUAGCCUGAGCGAGUUCACAGUUACUGGAUCUACUUACGCCCCUGAAGGGGAAGUCUACAAGGACGGCUCAGUGGUGAAGUGCAGUCAGUACGAAGGCCUGGUGGAAAUGGCCUCCAUCUGUGCGCUGUGCAAUGACUCAUCGCUGGACUACAACGAGGCAAAGGGAGUGUAUGAGAAGGUUGGGGAGGCGACAGAGACUGCCCUCUGCUGUCUGGUGGAGAAAAUGAACGUGUUCGACACUGACCUGAGAGGACUAACCCCCGUUGAGAGAGCGACAGCAUGCUGCUCUGUGAUUAAGCAGCUAAUGAGGAAAGAGCUGACACUGGAGUUCUCCAGAGACAGGAAGUCCAUGUCUGUCUUCUGUUCAUCCAACAAACUCACCAGGUCUUCCUCUGGAGCCAAGAUGUUUGUCAAGGGUGCUCCGGAGAGCGUGCUAGAGCGCUGCGCUUACAUCCGGGUCAGCGGCGCUGCCCGCGUGCCUUUAAGCCCGGCGCUUCGAGAGCAGCUCCUGUCCACUGUGCGGGACUGGGGGUCAGGCCGAGACACGUUGCGUUGCCUUGCCAUGGCAACCAGGGACACACCCCCUGACAUCCAUUGUCUCAACCUGGAGAACUCAGCUGGGUUUGCUGACUAUGAGUCGGACCUGACCUUUGUGGGCUGUGUGGGCAUGCUGGACCCGCCCCGGAAAGAGGUGCUUGGCGCAGUCCGAAUGUGUCGGCAGGCUGGUAUACGAGUCAUCAUGAUCACAGGUGACAACAAAGGGACAGCUCUGUCCAUCUGUCGGAGGGUGGGGAUCAUCACAGAGCAGGAGGAGGAGCAGGAAGGCACGGGGGUCAGCGGAGGCCUGACUGGAAGGGAGUUUGACGAGCUGCCCCCCCACCUGCAGCGUCAGGCUUGUCGGACGGUGCGGUGCUUUGCCCGGGUGGAGCCGGCACACAAGAGUCGAAUUGUGGAGUAUCUGCAGAGCCUGAGCGACAUCACUGCCAUGACAGGCGACGGGGUGAAUGAUGCCCCGGCGCUGAAGAAGGCAGAGAUCGGCAUCGCUAUGGGCAGCGGCACGGCGGUGGCCAAGUCGGCCUCUGAGAUGAUCCUGGCCGACGACAAUUUCUCCACCAUUGUGGCAGCUGUGGAGGAAGGCCGAGCCAUUUACAACAACAUGAAACAGUUCAUCAGAUACCUGAUAUCAUCCAACAUAGGAGAGGUGGUCUGUAUUUUCCUGACGGCCGCGCUUGGCAUGCCUGAAGCGCUGAUCCCAGUCCAGCUGCUGUGGGUCAACCUGGUGACUGACGGUUUCCCAGCAACAGCUCUGGGCUUCAACCCUCCUGACCUGGACAUCAUGUCCCGCCCUCCACGCUCCCCCAAAGAGCCUCUCAUCUCCAGCUGGUUGUUCUGUCGCUACCUCAUCAUCGGAUGUUAUGUGGGAGCAGCCACCGUCGGAGCUGCUGCCUGGUGGUUUAUGGCAGCUCAUGAUGGACCUAAACUUUCCUUCUAUCAACUGUCUCACUACCUGCAGUGCAGCGAAGGCCAUGUGGAGUUUGCUGGUGUGCAGUGUUCAGUCUUUGAGUCUCCUUAUCCUAUGACUAUGGCUCUGUCUGUCCUGGUUACCAUAGAGAUGUGCAACGCCCUGAACAGUCUUUCAGAGAACCAGUCCCUGCUCAAAAUGCCUCCCUGGUCCAACCCCUGGCUGGUGGGAGCAAUCUGUCUAUCCAUGGCCUUACACUUCCUCAUCCUAUAUGUGGACCCCCUGCCGGUGAUAUUCCAGAUUCGCCCUCUGUCGUGGCCUCAGUGGGUGGUGGUGCUGAAGAUGUCACUUCCUGUCAUCUUGAUGGACGAGGCCCUUAAGUUCCUGGCCCGCAACUACAUCGAGCCGGGGAGUCAGAUCCAGACGUUGGAGGAGGAGGAGGAGGAGCUACAGAGGACAGGGGCUAACGCCGGAUUACUCAGCGCCAUGAUGACAAGGGUACACCAGUCAGCAAAGGGUGUGUCCUGGUCAUUCGUCCUGAUCUCUGCGCCACUAGUGAUCUGGAUCUUCAGCCUGGACUCUGACAUCACUAACAUCUUCUGGGAGUAAUGGGGGGGACACGGUGAAAGACAGGAGACUGGAAGAGGACAGAGAGAAGCUAAAGAAGGAGAUCAAGGGAUGAAAAUGCAGGAGAAGGAAUGUGGAAGGGUGAGAAACAAGAUGAUAAAUACUUGAGAUACAGGGAUGUAAGGGAUGAAGAUUAAGAGUGAUUUUUUUUUUUAGCCAGCAGACAAUCAGAAAAACAAGAAGAUGAAAGUGUAAAGCAGGUUUAGGCUCUCAAUGAAAAGGUGUUUCGUGUAGCUAAUAGUCUCUCUCACAACUUCAUAGUUCAGACUGUUCCUCCAGCUGCUCCCCGUGUUCCCGCCUCAGGCAUGCAGACGUUUGCUGCACCAACACACAGGUCCACAGUGAAACGUCUCUGUUGUACUUUUAUGUUAGCAUAGCAUGCUAACCUACUCAUUUUUACAGUCUUAAGAUACUAAAGAUUGUGUGGUAGACAUUAGCAAGUUAACAUGCAAGUGUUAACUUACCGUCUGUCUGUCUUUCUGCCUUAAAGCAACUCAGCAUUUAGGCUUCCCACCAAAAUGGAUCCAAGGGACACAGUGUAAAAUAUACUGUAGGUCAUCAGUGGUUAACAAUGGCCGCAAUCAAGGCAGAUUUUGUUUUGUUUGAUUUGUUUUUGGAUAUAUAUAAACUGAGAAAAGACUUCAGUGUAAAUUAGUUGUUAGGGAACAUCAGUAGUUAUCCAGUCACAGGAAGUUGACAGGAACUCGUCGUAGCAUCAGGAGCUUUUAGGAAGUCGAACAAACGAACAGUUUGUCUGACAAUGUUUUGGAAGUGUAGGUAUGACUUUGCUUAGUUGCUGAGUUAUUGGCGCAACGUUAGAUAGAGAUAAUUGUGCUAUUUUAAUGAAAUGUAAUCCUUUUGCAUCUUAAUGAGUGUUUUACAUCUUUAGCUCUUCAGUCUGAACAGGUCCUCUAUUAGCAAGCUAAGGUUUUCUCAGCCAGCUCGGUAGACGUUGCCCCUGAAACUGUACAUGACAACAUGGCGAACUUUAACUUUAGGAAGAGCUGGUACAACAGGCUCCUGAAGAGGGAAGUGGAACCAGUUCUUCAAAAUAAAAGCCUGCUUAUCUUGAGGUAAAAUGCUACACACAGCACCUUUUCAGACGAUUGAAAAAUGAGUGGAGUAUAUAGAAGAGAGAAGCUCUGAGUGGUCCACAGUCUCACACAUACACACACACACACACACACACACACACACACACACACCAGAUUUAUGCACACAUUGUUAUUCACCAGUAAUAAUAAUAAGAGGUCAGUGGAUGAGGCAAGAUAAGUAGACGUACAGUAGAGCCCACAGCCGGCCGCUGCAACACUCCUCAUGCUGCAAAGCAGAAAUAGUAACAUUAAUGUUAAAACUUCCUCGUCCGUGAGACUAAAACAAGCAUUUAACCUGUGAAGAAGACUGUUGGCAGACGUUGAGUACACAUCACACAUUCUGUAGAAACAGAGGGUGACGUCUAACCUCUGACAGGUCACUCGUUUAGAGCUUUACUCUGACAGAUCUCCAGCUGUUGUUCAGUCUCCUUCACUGUCUCUCUCUCAAAGUCCUAAAUGUAAUUUGAUGUCCUGAGGCUUCACACCCCCACGCCCCCUGACUGAAGCUGAUUUUAAGCCUUCACACCCGGAUCAAUGAGUCGAGUCUGUUUGAUUAGUUCAGAAACGUUGAUCAUAUUAUUUAUAUCCGUGGUUAGACGUAGUAGAGGUGGUCAUGUACUUCCAGGUGCAGUCUACAUCUGAAGGAUGUGACUAAGCUGAAUAGAUGAAUAUGGUUUUUUAUGUUAGAGCUUUAAAUAUACUCUAUGUGUUUAUUAUUAACCCCUGCUCUGCUUUCUCUAAGAUCCUCUGUGUUAGUCGACAGGUGGAAAACUCUAACACACAGUGAUCAAUAACACACAAGUCGUGCAGUACAGUAGGCCUGACAGUGAGCGAAUGUUUCUUGUAAAUUUGUUAUGUGUGUGUGUGUGUGUGAAUCUUUGAUCAGUCUGCCAUUUUCUCCAGGGAUGCCAUUGUGACAUCUCACUCUGUCUGCCAUCCAAGGGAUUUUUUUGAUUCCUGUAAUUAGAAUAACGUCGGUUGUGAUGGCGCGGUGGGACAAAACAUUUGAGCUUUAGAGUUUAGAGUCGAAAUAUUUUGAGACAAAGUCAGAAUUUAUUGAGAAUAAAGUCUCAGUGCAUCCACUAACAGUACAGCUGCAGAAUUACAACCUCACUCUGACUUUUUCUUCUAAGAGUUUGACUCUAUUUUAAUAUUACGCCUUUUUUUUUUUUUUCAAAAUUACAUCAUAAAUCUCGGGAUACAUUUGUUCAUAAACUGACUUUAUCUUGUAAUUUUGUCCUUUUUUUGUGAAUUAUGACUUCUCUCCUGAUUUUGUGACAGUUUAUGACCUUUUUGAAUAAAAUUUACAUUUUUUUUCAACGGUAUAAUUUUUUUCUCUAUAUAUUGCAGUAUUCUGUAAAAUAUAACAAUUCUCAAAAUGUCCAUUUCUUGUUGUUUUUUUUCUUUAUGAGAGCAUUUAAUAAAAAAGUGAUGGCUAUAAAAUAGAAAAACAUUAAACUUUCUGAUGUUGAAAACUGUUAUGGAGACCAACUCACCUGUUGUGGGAUUUUUAUUUUGUAUUUAUUCACUUUUCUUGUCAGUUGUUUGUUUGGAUUUAACGUUGCUGUAGUUACUUCUCCUUUAAUGAACCAAAAACCACAGAAGAAGUUUUCACUGCCCAAGAUUCUGCCUCUCUUUUUCUGUCUUUUCUUUUUUUUUCUUGUUAUUUAUUAAUAUUUUAUUUUUCUGCAUCCAUGUACAGCCCAGUUCUGACACAUCCUGACUGUACCAAGUUUGUUUACACCUUUUUCCUUUACUAUUAUCAUUAUAAUUAUAAUAAUGAUUAUUAUUAUUAUUAUUAUUAUUAUUAUUAUUAUUAGCUGACAGCCAUGUCUUCAGGAGUGGGAUGAGUGGGAGGGAGGGUUUUUGGAGCAGCGUCACUAAAUGAAAAGUUGUACUUGACUGACUUGCCUGUUGAAAUAAAGGUUGAAAUGCAGAACUUGGUAAUUGGAGAGACUGUU